CAAUAUGAACGCGGGGACGCGCGCACGUACCGCGCCACCUCCCAUUAUAAUAUAGUACCGUGAAAAAAAUCAGUUGUUCUUCGUAUGUCCGUACUAUUUUUGUCACAGUGACUUAGUAAAUUAUUGGAACUAUAUUUGUGUGCUAUAAAAUUUAGUGAAGGUUAGUUUUUAAGUGUGAAAAGUGAUGUGGUCGUGUGUGGAAUAGAAUUUGUCAUUGGGUUUUCUGGGACUGAUCGGAUUGAAAAAGCCUCGAGUUGUGUCCGACUUUUCCAAGAACCUCUGCUGAAUGCAGUUUGCUGCCUCCCUCGAAGAAGAAUCUAUAAGAAGAAUAUCGUCCAAGAGAUCCCGCCAUAUCUUUUGUGAAAGCCCCUACCUCUACACUUCAAUCGGAUAUAAUAUGUAAAUGGUGUGUAAAAUAGUGGAUUUGUGUGAUGCGAACAGGGAUUAUACCGAAAUAUUGUAUCAAACACAAUGAGAUGAGCACAGAUGUCGGCGGGAUAGCGGCCGAAAAUGAAUAUUAAAAUACUUGAAAACUCAAAAACGAAAGCUGUGAAGAAGAAAAUGAACAAAAUUCUCUGCGAGCUGUUUGAGAAAGAUAUAAAUUUGUAAUAAUGAUACGUGGCCGACAGGAUAUCGCCGACGGAAACGCUUGCGUAAAGGAAAAGGGAAUAAAAAGAAGAUCACAUAUGGAUCAAAGAAACGGAACGAACGUCACAGCCACCGACAUCGGCAACUUGACCGACAAGGGUACGCCAGAAUGGACGUCAGAAGUGAUGUUCAAGCUGAGAACCAGCGUUUUGCUGCUCAUCGUGGUCAUGGCAGUGCUCGGGAACCUCCUGGUCAUUGUCAGCGUCAUGAGACAUAGGAAACUCCGCGUCAUCACCAAUUACUUCGUGGUCUCACUGGCGUUCGCUGACAUACUCGUGGCGAUGGUCGUAAUGCCUUUCAACUUUAGCGUCCAGUUCAACGACGGCCUUUGGGUAUUCGGGGAGGUCAUAUGUGAUCUUUGGAACUCCUCUGAUGUUUACUUCACCUCGACGUCGAUUCUUCAUUUGUGUUGCAUCUCCGUGGAUCGUUAUUAUGCCAUCGUCAAACCAUUGAAGUAUCCCAUCAAGAUGACAAAAAAGAUGGCUUUUGUGAUGUUAGCAGCAACAUGGCUCAGCCCGAUAACAAUAUCCUACGUACCGAUCUUCAUGGGCUGGUACACGACCUCUGACUACAUACAAAACAGACAACAACAAGAAUGCAAGUUCAUAGUUAACAAACCUUACGCCGUUAUUUCCAGCUCAAUAUCCUUCUGGAUACCAUGUACAAUAAUGAUAUUCACGUAUUUAGCUAUAUUCAAAGAAGCAAAUAGACAGGAGAAAGCGCUUCACGCAAGAGCUGGUAACGCUAUGUUGAUGCACAGACAUUCACGAGAAGUUGGUGAUAAAAAUGGAGCGUUACAUAUAAACGCGAACACACCAACUAAAGAUAGAAACAUACUCAAAAUGAAAAGGGAGCACAAAGCGGCUCGAACACUUGGAAUUAUAAUGGGUGCGUUCAUUUUGUGUUGGCUACCAUUUUUCUUGUAUUACAUCUCGACGUCUUUGUGCGAUUCGUGCGACUGCCCCGAUGUGGUCACUGUUAUAAUGUUUUGGACUGGUUAUUUCAAUUCGGCGUUGAAUCCGAUCAUUUACGCGUAUUUUAAUAGAGACUUUCGCAAUGCGUUUAAGAACACUUUGGCAUGCGCGUUCUGUAGUUUUUGUAAGAGAAGUGCUUCGGAUUUGGAUGCGAUGGAGAGAUUGGAUCGAAGGGGCUCUGCGCAGCUGAGGGUGCCUAUUCCAUCGAGAAGGGCCUCAGAUCUGACAUCUCUCUGAAAGAAUCUACAAGUGACACGAGUCUGAGGCCUAGUGAAUGUCAACGAAGUAUUUUAGGCCAAAUGUACUUAUUUCCAAAGUUGAUGUGACUGAGUUUUUUUAGAUGUUGCUCUGUAAAUAUAUUAUCAUGUUCAUUUUAUAGUUUGUAUAGGUUCGUCCUCAGUGUCAGUGAAAAUAAUAUUUUAAUUAUUAUUUUUAAUUAGUUGUUUUAGAUCAUCUUUUACGUAACUAAUUUAAAAAAUAAGAAUUAAUUAACACCAAAUAGAUUUAUUUUAUUUAUUUGCAAUCUAGAACUAAAUGUAAACAUAUCCGGAAAAAAUAUUUUUAUUUUACAACAUCAUCAUUCAUCACAUUUUAACCAAAGAAAUGUAUUUUUCUUAAUUUAACAAUAUUGUAAAUAUAAAUUAGAUAAUCAUAAACAAUUGUAAAAUAAUUAGAACAAAUAUAUGUGUGAUUUCGAAACUAUUAUCAAAUAUUUAUAAACAAUAUAAUAGGAAUCUAAAAUUAUAAAAUUCUUCCUGAACUGACUGGUGAGAGUAUAGCGAAUCACUAAAGUCGCGUGCAAAAGCUAAUAUCUUCUUAUAAACAAAUUAUUGAACUGAAAUAUUUAUCCACUUGAGAUGUAGUACAAUUGAUUUUUUUUAUUAAUUUUAGAUAAAAUCAAUAUUGAAUGUUUUUUUUUUGUUAUGUUUUGUUCUCGAAAAAAAAGAUUUCAUUUCAAACGAAAAGCCGCGCAAUUUUGAUGUGGUCAACAACUAAAAUCUAUAAUAUAUAAAGCAUUCAUAUUUAAGUCAUUUAAUAGUAUUUUUCCAUCGAUAUAAAAAAUAUAUUUAAAAAGUAUUUUAAGAUUGAUCUGUCUUUUUAGAAAAUGUAAUCGUUUUAUACGUAAUGUUUAAAAAUAUGUAAAUAUUAGAUUAAGUUUAAUAAUAAUUUAUGAAUCAAAUGAGGCUUCAUGUAGAAAAGGCCUAAUCAUUGUAUUAUAAAGGCCAAAAAUUAAAUGUAAAUAUUUAUCAAAUACAUUUAAGUAUAAAAAUACAUAUUAUUAUACCGACAAUGUGUUUAAGUUUUUUUUAUUAUUUAUAUUAAAUAAAAUCUUCAUAUAUUUUUAUUUAUAUAAUUUUUCAAAACAAAACAACAACUUCAUUUUUAUUAUUUUUUAUUAACCCGAUAAAUAUUUGUUUCAUUUUUAUAUAUUAUUAUAAGUUUUUUCUAAAGAAUAUAAUUUUUAUUACUAACAUUUUAAUGUAUAUAAAAUUACACGGGUGGAAUGAUACUUGUACAUAGGUACUUUAGGUAAGUAGUUAUUACAGACAUUUAGUAAUUAAAAUAUUUUGUUUAAACUUUGAUAGGGAGAUACUAUAAAGAUAUGGGGACAAAUAACGCUUCAAUAGAAAAACGAUUUUUAAAAUAAUUAUUGAUGUGCUAUGAUUAACUUUAUAACAAGUAACAACCAGUUAGAUUCGGUGUGUCAGUGUUGUGUCGAAUUAAAACUGUUAUAUUAUAAUUAUAAAGAAUAAAAAAAAAAUAACUUGACUAAUCUCAUUUGUCUUCAAGUGUUCCAAGAUGUUAAAGGAAUUUAGUUCGAUUCCAUAAUUUUAAAUUUUGUAAAUUAAACAAUUUUUACUUCCAUAUUGUUAAAAAAAAUUUUAUUUAAAUAUUACUCUGAUUCGACUGGGUAUUGAUUUAGAUAACAUUUUAAAAUAAAUUUUCAUUAAAUAAAAUAUUUUUUAUAAUUUUGCGUUAUAAUUUAUUUUAUCUUUUGAACACUGUCAUUGUGGCUAAAGCUUUUCUUCUUUCCCGUGCCUACUAAAUUAUAUUAGUGUCCAUUUAAAAAUAUAUAAAUAUUUCAACAAAUAUAAAAUUAUUUACACAUGAGAUUUAUCGUCCGCUGCGUGACGCGUCAUCGCUUAUCUCAGUCACACAUUUUUAGAAUGAAAGAAAUGGUACCUUCUUCCAAAAAUUCAAAAGUUUGUGACUAAGGUACUUCUUAUUACUUAAUCAAAUGCGUAAAUAAUUUUAAUUUAAAAUUUUCAUACCUAUGAAUGUUCUAUGACAAUGCGACAUUGUAACCAGUCCUAAAUUUCCCUUUCCAAUAAAAUUCUAACUGCUAUUGUAAAUUCAAUGUGUCUUCCUUUGAAAUAAGUAAAUUAGGCUCAACUUAUAUAAAAUAGAGGGAAUACAUAGAAAUUAGAUUAGCAAUUUUAAAAUAAAUAUUUAAUGCCAAUUUAUAGUAUCUGUUGUAAAUAGUGUGCGCAAAUAAUUUUGAUUAUAAAUAUAGUAAAUAAAUAAAUGCGAUUUGAAUUCACAUCUGAAUAAAUAAUAAGGUUUUAUGAAUGCUUAGCAACCUAAAUUCAGACCCAAAGAUCAUCUCUAGAUUCGGGAGUUUAGUAUAAUACACUUACCAAAUUCAUGCCACCAAAUGCGUUUGAAUUCAUUGUUAAAUUAUAUCCCAAAUUAAAAACUUCCAAUAUAUAUUUUUUUGAUAUUAAAACCGUGAUACACUGACUGACCAUUGUCCACACAUUUCUCUAUUGGAGGCGAAAAUUUUGAAAAACAAUAAUUUAUUUGCGAUAUUUAUAAAUCAAAAAACAAAACACACUCAGGCUGUAUAAUGUAAAAAAAAAGUAAUAAUGAAUGGUUGUGAAUUCUUUAGAUAUUACAACUAACUCUAUAAAAUUAACCAUGUCUUGUUUUAUUUCUAAGGUCCGAAAUUAGUAGAAUACAUUUGAAUUUCUUAUUUGUCUAUUUGGUUUAAUCUCCGUCCAACGCUUUUGUUAUUUAGGCUUCCUGGAUGUUUCUUGGAAGUAUUUGUAGAAAUGAUGCGACUUUGGAAGCUUGUACAUAUUUUAUUCAACAGUCGCAUUGAUAAAGUAGAUCGAUUCUCCUUUGUACAUAUUUUGUCUUAAAUUUUUAUAAUUGGUGUCCUUAAUUCUGCAAGAUUUAAUUUGCCACUAAUUGUGCUAAGGUGUCUAUAGAUUAUUUUGACCUACCAAAUUUUAUUUAUUUAAUAAUUACCAGAUAAAAGUAUAACAAUAGUAACAAUUUUAAACUUCGCCCUGGUGUAUGCUGUAAUGAUUUUAUUAUAUAAAAUGGUUUAUCUUUUUGAAGUAAAAAUUGACUUGCUUGAGAUACUAUAAAAUAGCCAAAUUACAAAUGAAUUGAGCAAACUUUUUAUUUAAAAACGAAAGAUGCAAUAUGCUUACAGAUUAAACAUGUUUGUAAAAAAUAAUUUAUUUCUCAAAUAAUACAUUUAUUUAUUUAAAACAAUGUUUAGACAACAUGAAUGAUGGAUAGCUGAUUUCUUAGUGAUAAUAUUGUUUUUUAUAUGUUAGCUGAAAGCAACAGUAUUGUAAAGACUAGACUUAUUGUCGUACUUUGCGUGACGCGUAGUCAUAGUGUGUCUUUUAUCUACCUGUCUCAGUCUCACACUUAAAGUGCAUAAGAUGGGUGAUUCCCCCGUCUUUGUUACUCUUACGUUGUACGACUGAGAAAAAUAUGUUAAUGAUAAAAAAGUAAAAAUGUUAUUCCUUUAAACAUCUUAGAACUAUAUAUAUAUAGGUGUAUAAUAUAUAUUACUGCGCGUCACGUAGUGGACGUGCCCUGCAAUGGAAACAGCAAUAUUAUAUAAUAAAUAUGACAGUAAAUCUUUAAACCAUUUUAAUGUAGAUUCUGUGUAUAGUAUAGAAUUUCGAAUCUACCGUUGCAUCUUCGUGAUAAAUGUCUAGUAAAUAGAUUUUUCGGAAAUUUUAAUAUAGAUAUGUUCCCAUUUCUUGAAGUAUGUCUUUCAAUGUAAUAUAUUUCUUAUAUUUAUAACAAUAUUUUCGAAAAUAAAUUGUUAUGUGAGUAUCAACUUACAUUAACUGUUAAAUUUAACACAUUCACUGUUAGCAAAAAAAAAAUUAAAUAUUAACUUACCCAUUUUUUGUUUCUAAAUCAAAAUAAUAUUUAAAAGUCAUACUUCAAGAAAUAGUAUUUAAGGGAAAACGAUGCAAAUGGUAUUAAAGGUGGAUAAUAUGUAUAUUCCAAUAACGUUUCCAUAUUCAAUUAUUUGUAUAAUAUAAAUUUCUUAUUAACAAAUAUUACAAUCAUUUUCAACCUAUGUUUUUGUCAUAUAAGUUUGGAAAUCCGUAAUAUAGUGUGUAAAUUCACAUAUCUAGUAUAUAAAAUAAACUUUAGAAAUAUUGUUUAAUAAAAUAAAAAACAAUUAUUGUGUAUAUUAUAUUUAUUUUAUCAAGCGAUAAAAUUUAAUUUACAUGAUUCAUAAAGCAACUGUUUAGGACAAAAGAAUAAUAAAAUCCUAUUUUAACUAAUAAUAAUUAUAUAUUAACAAAUUCUUACUAUAUUAUUAUUGGUUAAUAUGUAAUAUAAUUUUAUUAUAACAAAUUCUUCACAAAAUCUUUAGUAUUUUAAAAAAUAUGAACUUAAUAUUUUAAACAAGGCUUAUUUAAACAGUUAGCAAUUAUGUUUCAUAAUAUUUUGAACUGUGAUAGUUUAAAAAUUAUAGUUACCAUACAUUAAUCACAAUUUUGUUAUGUUAUUUCAAAUUUUAUAUUUAUUUGAUUAAUAUUGUAAGAACUUGAUCAAAUCACUAUUUAUAAACUGUUGUAAAUAUUAAUUUAUUGCCACACAAGUGAUAAUUAUAAGAAUUUGUAGUCAAAUCCCACGAAAAAUAAGCUCAUGAAAAAAAAUAUUUUUUAAUACAUACUUGCAUAUUCUUUGCACCAAAUUUACAUAUUUCGAGCGUAAUUGAUUUAAAAAUAAUGUCACUCUCGGAUGAAAGACAUACAUAUGACAUACAAUAUUAUACUUACUUAUGUAUGACAUAUAGACUGAAUAAACUAUAGACAGAGAAAACUAAAUACAUUUUCAUAAAUUUCAUUUCGCUCAUGUAAUAAAGAGAGAGGCGUGUUAAAAUACAUAAGAAGAAACGGAACAGAGAUAUCUUAUCUUUCAUCUUGUUGCUUUAUGCCGGGUAGUUGUAUGAAAAUGUUUUAUAUCGUUUGUUACGCUAGUUCAACGUGUUUGUUUUUAUUAUAAGUAUAUGUGUACAUGUAUGUCUAUCUGUAUGUGGCAUUUAAGCAACCAAAUGACUGAAUCUUUCAAAUAAAAAUCUAUAUUUUCAUUUUCUAUUUGAAAAUGUAUUUAAUCGAGAGAGUUCUUGGCUCUGUUUCACAAAUAUGUGUUCAGCCGAUUGGAAACCAAUUGUUUUUUUAGCAUAUGAGACGAUGCCAGUAACUUUGGAGUCAGGAGAUUAAUUUUUUUUAUUUAAAAAUCUUUUUAAAAUAAGAACGACGAGUUUCACGAAGCCUGCGGUAAUUAAAAGGUAAUACAUAAAUAUUUUUCACUAUAAUAUUGUUUCAUUUGUGAUGAGCUUACUUUUUGUGGGUAGACGAUAAGUUUAAGUUUUGGCGAUUAUUGUAUGAAAUUAUUGCUUAGAAUGUCUAAAUUAUUUCGUGAAUGCGAGCAGAGUGUUUAACAUAAUUAUGUGCGUGUAAUCAAUGCUUUUUUGCAAAAUAAACGGAAAUUGUUUCGUACAUACA